AUGAACAGUGACGAAGUCACUGUUCACGUGUCUUUGAGGAGUGGGCACCUAUUGGAGGAUUCCAGGGUAAAACAAAAGGAUGGGUUGAUUGAAGGACUUGUAGAGAUUGUGGAGGAACAGAAAAAUAGCAACUUUCAAGAAGGUGAAGUGAUGGUAGAUAAUGGUCUGAGGAAGAAAGGGAAGACUAGAGCUCAAAAGAAGAAGAAAUAUGAGAAUUCAAUGAAUGAGGAGACUGAGGAAAGCAAAUACAUGUCUUCUCUACCUUUCCCUCAGAAGCAGAGAAGAGAGAAUCUAGACAAACAAUUUAGGCAUUUUCUAGACGUGCUCAAGCAGGUGCAUGUUAAUCUACCAUUCACAGAAGUGCUUUCACAGAUGCCGGCAAAUGCUAAGUUCCUGAAGAAGAUAUUUUCCAACAAGCAAAAAGUGGAAGAGACAUUGGUUGUCAAGCUCACAGAGCAUUGCAAUGCUAUUUUGCAAAAUAAGCUCCCUCAAAAGUGUGAAGAUCCAAAGAGUUUUACUAUACCUUGCUCUUUAGGAAGUACUAAGUCUGAAAAAUCUUUGUGUGAUAUGUGUGCUUCUAUUAAUCUUAUGCCUUUGUCUAUUUUCAGGAAAUUGGAGGAAGAUAUUGGAGAAAUCAGGUCAAUACCUGUGUCUUUACAGCUGGCAGAUCGGACUACAAUCAUCCCUGAAGGAAUAGUGGAAGAUGUACUAGUUCAGGUGGAUAAAUUUGUGUUCUCUGUGGACUUCAUCGUGGUGAAUAUGGAAGAGAAUAGGGAGAUCCCUCUUACUCUAGGGAGACCCUGUUUGACUACUAGCAGAGUGAUUUUGGACACUCAAGAAAGGCAGCUCAUGCUCAUAGUGGGGGAAGAAAGGGUGGUCUUCAAGAUAUAA